AUCAGAUUCAAGAAAAGCGCUUUUUCUGAUGAGAAAAACGUGCGUUGGGUUUUUAUUUUAACGGCAAAACCGAAAAACGCUGCUCCAAAGCUCACUGGUAGGUUUUCUCUUCUAUUCUCUCUCCACUUCUCCCUCUCUCUACACACUUCAGGCUCGCAUAGAAACCAUCGAAAAACAGAUACAUACAUACAGGCUGUAUAAUAUAUAACAUCUGCCCUUUUCCAUUUGUGGGGUGUUAACAAGAACUCAAGCUUAGCUCCAGCAUGACGAUCUCCCCAAUGCCCCCUUUCUCUCUGUAACCCUUCAUUCUUUCUCUGUUCCAAUUUUCGUGGAGCUCAGGUGGAUUUACAGCCGCUCCUCCGACGGCCUCCUCAGAUCCCUUUUCCGUAUCGGUUUUCUUGAGAUUAAAACAAAAAAUGGCUUCCAUGACCCAAUCUCCAGUAUCAUUUUCUGGGAAUUUAGCUUCAAAGCUCCCUGCUUCAGAUUUUCUUAGGAGCACAAGUAAUGGUCUCUGUGGUGUACCUCUAAAAAUGCUUGGAAAAGCACAAUUAGGCGUAGUGAGGAGAGACUUCUCCGUAACAGCAAAGCUCGGGAAAAAGAAAAAGCACAAGAAUCCAUGGCCAAUCGAUCCUGACCUGAACCCCACUGAUUUGAAGGGUGGAUUCCUUAGGCAUCUCUCACCUUUCAAGCCUUUGACAGAAAAGCCUAAGCCGAUUAUUCUUGAUUUUGAGAGGCCUCUCAUUAAUAUGCAGAAACAACUUGAAGCUGUAAAAUUUUUAUUGAAUUUCUAUGAUGUNACCGGGCUGGAUCUCACUGAGCAAAUUAAAGCGCAGGAGAAAAGUAUUGAAGAGUUUGUGGAGCUCCAUGGCGAUCGAGCUGGAUAUGAUGAUCCUGCUAUUGUCACUGGUAUCGGUUCAAUAAAUGGCAAAGGCUACAUGUUCAUAGGCCACCAAAAGGGGAGGGACACAAAGGAGAAUAUCAAGCGGAACUUUGGGAUGCCUACUCCGCAUGGUUAUAGGAAAGCACUGCGAAUGAUGCAUUAUGCAGAUCAUCACGGCUUUCCCAUUGUCUCUUUCGUUGAUACCCCUGGGGCGUAUGCUGAUAUCAAAUCUGAGGCAUUAGGCCAAGGGGAAGCUAUAGCUCAGAAUUUGAGGACUAUGUUUGGUCUGAAAGUACCGAUUAUCUCAAUUGUUAUGGGCGAAGGAGGCUCGGGUGGAGCUCUAGCUAUUGCAUGUGCUAACAAGCUGUUGAUGCUUGAAAAUGCAGUUUUCUUUGUUGCCAGCCCUGAAGCAUGUGCUGCUAUCUUGUGGAAGGAUGCAAAAAAGGCGCCAGAGGCUGCUAAGUUGCUAAAAAUUACAGCUCCAGAGCUGAGAAAGAUUCAAGUUUGUGAUGGCAUCAUUCCUGAACCUCUCGGCGGUGCACAUAAGGAUCCAGAGUGGACUUCGCAGCAGAUCAAAAAAGCAAUUCUCGAGGAAAUGGAAGAACUUUCGAAAAUGGAUACGAAAACCCUACUAAAACACAGGGCCGCAAAGUUCCGGAAGAUCGGUAGAAACUAUGAUCACCCAGUCGACCCCGUGAAGACACGCAACAUGAAGAAAACAGACGUACCCGUAAAGGAAAACCCGAUGGCAGAAUUAAACAAGAUGGCCGAAAUUUUGAAAAACGAAAUCGAGUCUGAAUAUGAGGCGGCCUCAAAGGCUCUCGGCAUGCAUGAUAAAAUCUUGAAGGUGAGAGAUGAAAUCAAGAAAAGAAGGAACUCGGUUGAUGAGAAGGCCGCGAAGGAAAAAUUCGAGAAAAUCAAGAAAGAAUUCAAGAAGAAUCUCCCCACGGCCCCGAAUUUCCCGAGCCUUAUAUCCAAGCUUCAGAAGCUGAAAGAGCUGUCCAAAACCUCGAACCCACCACCGCAAAAGAGCUCCUCGAACAAGAAAAACGAGGUAAAACUCAAAAUGGAGAAGAUAUUCGAAGAAGUCAUCAAACGGCCCGAUUUGAAGCACAAGUUCAUGACGCUGAAGGCCGAAUUAAAGAAAUCGGAUGUCGAUUUUGAUCCAGAGCUAAAUGAAAAAGCUCUGCAGUUACUUAAAGAGAUCGAUUCGGAAUUCAAGAAUUGCCUUAAGUCUGCAGGUCUGGAAAUGGUCCCUUUGAAUCGUAAUUCAUUGCAGAAAAUCGGUUCAUAUGGUAAAGAAGUAAAAACAUUAAUCGGGAAGGUUGCGAAUUCGUCGGGUUUGAAGGAGAAAAUCGAUGUUUUGAAGGAAAUGGUAGCGAAAGCUGGAAAUACACCUGAUGAGAAAGCGAAAAGCAAGAUUCAGGCUUUGAUGGAGGAAAUCAAACGAGAGAUUAGUGAGGCUGCUAUAAGUUCUCCUGAGUUGGAGGAGAAGCAUGAAAAGCUGGCGAAAGAGAUAUUGGGAGAUAGCAAAAAACCGGUUGAGUCAAAUGAUGGAAGUGUGGGCGAAGAAGACUCGAAAGUGGCGCUCGAUGUGGAGAAUAACCGCAGCUUUGUCUGAUGAGAAAGCUGGUAAAUUUUGGCCGUGGCUGAAUCUGUUGAAACUACACUGUCAUUUGAGGUUCAAGAAGAACAUGAACUUGGCAUUCGAGACUUACUUAAAUCAGCGUGAAUUUACCUUUUCUCAGCCAGCGGUUUGUGACCUGCAAUUUGCUACACACUUUUUUUUUUGUCCCCUCUAAAUUAUGACAGCUUUAGUUCUCAGUUAUUUGGUCUUUCUUAUUAUUAGUGGCUUAUUAUGAAGAUACAAAAACUGUAUGAAUGACUCAGACUCGUGCUUGUUUUGUGAUUUUGAUAUUUAAUGUGGGUUUGUUUGUACUCCGGGGAAACUCUUGAGAGUCUUUUUGUGUGAUUGAACAGAACAUUUUAGGCCAAAUCCCCGUUUCGAUUCAUUGCUUGAACGAAAAAGAUGCAGCCUUUUCCAUUGCGUGCUUCUCAAUGAUUUUGGCUUUUGAUUUUUUCGAGUUCUUUAGAGUCUCGUACGAAGCUCCAUAGACUCCCACAAGAGCAACUGUUUACUCACAUGCUCUGUUUAUGCAUAAUGGAGUCUUGAGCUAGGUACUAUAAAAGGUCAGAUUCACAUUUGUCCUUUAUUUCAUUUUCUAUGCUUUUUUUUUUCAAGAUUCACUUUUUCUUGAAUUUAUUAGAGUCAUUUGUGGAGAGAUAUAUUUCCAGAUUUGGUUUUGAACAUCAUCUUGAUAAAUGAGGGAAUAAAGGAGGAAACUGGCUGGUGUUGCUUUUUAGUGGUUAUCAUAAUGUUUUAGGUAUUGGCUGCUUUUGC